AUGGCGAGAGGUUGUAACAGUAAUCAGCGAUCAGAUAUGGGUUGGGAUACUCGAUCUCCGAAGUGGUCACUUCCAACUCUGAGAUUCUUGUGCGGUCCCGUCUUCCUACCUCCCAAGUCUUCCAGAGGUAUAUCCCUCGGGCGCUGGGGAAACCUGGCCAAAGGCACAGGACCUACCCUGAUGUCCUUCGAGAGACAUGACAGGCAGGCAGCCGGGGCAUUUCUCACCGACAGAGCAGCCGAUGGACAGGAAGCACAUCUGGUCAAAUCGCCCUUCCCCUGCCCCCACCUCAGGGAGGCCCCAGACACUGGGAGCCAGGGAUGCUUCCCAGGUUCUUCCGUGUACCGGCUCCCCAGCUCCGCCCCUGCGUGCCGCCGGGCGCGGAGGACUUCCAGAGGCCUAAGGAGAGAGUAUCAGGGCUGGAGUUUUCCACUCUCUCGGUCCAGCUUGCCCUGGGUAGCUCGGCUGGAGGCCAGAUGUGCCGGGGGGGCGGGACGGGGGAGGAGGACCAGACGGGACAGCGCGGCGGACGGGGCGGUGCGCGCAGAGAAAGUGAAACCGGACGGGGCGGAGGAGAACGAGGAGGAGGAGGAGGAGAAAGGCAAAGGCAAAGGGGAGGAAGGCGGCGGCAUCGAGGGAUGGGGAAGUAGUCGGCCCCCGAGCCGGAGCCCGAGCCGGAGCCCGGACCGGAGCCCGAGCCGGAGCCCGAGCCGGACCGGAGCCCGAACCGGAGCCGGAGCCCGAGCCGGAGCCCGAACCGGAGCCCGCCAUGGCCAGCGCCAGCCCCACGCCAGCCCCAGCCCCGGCCCCGGCCGAGCCGUCAGGGCCAAGGCCCUGGCCACGGUCCCCGAGACGUACGACGUGCCCUUGGUGGCACUCAACUUCAGGGUGAGGAGCCGUCUGUCGCUGUACCUCAACCCUCCCGCCCAGGUGUCAGCCUACUGGCCCGCGCUGGCCGAGGAGCUGGGCUUCGAGUACCUGGAGAUCCUGAACCUGCAGGCGCAGCCCGACCCCACGGGCCGCCUGCUGGACGCCUGGCAGUCGCGGGAGCGCGCCACCGUGGGCGGCCUCCUGGCCAAACUGGCCAAACUGGAGCGCCUGGACGUGCUGGAGGACCUGAGGCCCGGCAUCGACGAGGACUGUAAGAAGUACCUGAAGAAGCAGAGGGAGGCGGAGGCCGAGAAGCCGCUGCAGGUGCCCGCUGUGGAUAGCAGCAACCCUCAGACGUCGGAGCUGGCAGGCAUCACCAUUCUGGAUGACCCACGGGGACAAAUGCCAGAACUCUUUGAUGCCUUCAUCUGCUACUGUCCCAGUGACAUCCAGUUUGUUCAUGAGAUGAUCCAGCAUUUGGAGCAAACCGACUGCCGGCUGAAGCUGUGUGUGUCAGAUCGAGACGUCCUGCCCGGCACCUGCAUCUGGUCCAUCACCAGCGAACUCAUUGAGAAGAGGUGUCGAAGAAUGGUUGUUGUCAUAUCUGAUGAGUACCUGCAGAGCAAUGAAUGUGACUUCCAGACCAAAUUUGCUCUUAGCCUAUGUCCGGGGGCCCGCCAGAAGCGCCUGAUCCCCGUCAAGUACAAGGCGAUGAAGAAGGAAUUUCCCAGCAUCCUUCGCUUCAUCACGGUCUGCGACUACACCAACCCCUGCACCAAGAGCUGGUUUUGGCCGAGGCUCGCCAAAGCCCUCUCCCAGCCCUGAGGCGGCCAGCCCCUCCCAGACGUGAUGUCACCUGCUGCCCGGCGCUGUGGGGAAGGGGGCAAAGCCUGGCUUCCCUCUACAGCCAAAACGACCCCCUGCAGACCCAGCCGACGGGUCUGGCGUGCGCGGCCUGUCUUGGGUUUCCUACGUGUGACACUUGAGAUCCAUCAUGACAGUAGGUAAGCGCUGGCGAGUCCCACCAGGAGCGAGCGUCAGAGGCAGGUUUUGAACCCCGGUCGUCCUGGAUUCCAACCCUGCGCUCUCUCCACGACAUCACGAUGCCCAUUUGAGUAGCUGUAAAGAGAAAAGAAGCUGGCCGGGGCUUCUUUCAAAACAAGUCCUGUGGAGACCUUGUCCGGAAAUGAUGAUGACUAUUUUCUUCUCUAAGUGCCUACAAACCCUUUAAUAAUAAUCCCUUUGAGAACUUUACAGGGAGUUGAGAUCCAGCUCCCAGUCCAGAGUUUGAAGCAUCUACCUUCUUCCCCUUCCUGAAAAUUCCCAGGCUGGCAUCACCUCUCAUUCCCCUUGAUUUCUGCAAUUGUUUGCAAUCACACCCACGAAUUAUCUCAUUAUCUUCGGUACAGUUCAUCUGGGCAGGUGGGGGGUGGCAGGGUGGGGAAGGGAAGUCACUGUCUUUGGGUAGCUUCCUAUUGUAAAUCAUUCUUCCUAACUAGGUCCAAAGCUCCGCUGUCUGUGGCCUCAAAAGGACUUCAAGUGUUUAUGUUUAAGUGCAGCAUACUGGGACAAAGCCCUGAUCACCUCACCUUAGUUAUACUCUGUAGAUUCAGUGUGUUGCAUUUCAGUGCUCAGGUGCUGUGGUCCCUCAGCAACCCCUCAUGUGAAUAUUUCACUGCUGUCUUGUUGCCACUAACCAUCCUGUCCCGGCAGUGAGAUACUUACUUUUUCCUCUAUUCCCUGAGUAAGUGGGCUCUAACUCCGGGAGUAUAUCUGCUUCUAGAACAAACCUGGGCUCCACAUUGGGGCAAACCAGGCUUUUCUUUGGCUACUCCAUUAAGAGGUGAGAAGCAGAAUGGUAACUAGACAUUUUUGUCUACCAGGGCAGGUAGCAGAGAACAGGCCCAGAGCAGGAGGCCCAAAAUGUGUCCUCAAACGCUGCUGGGGAAACCAAAGAGACAGGAGAAGGGCCAGCUGGGCCAAUGGGGAGCGCAAGAACCCACCUGUGACAUGGUGGCUGCUGGAGGAAAGGAAGCUUCUUUUUAAAUUAAUUAUUCUUACUAGCCACGCUCAGUUGGUUCAGUGUUGUUGAAGAACUGAAAAUGUUCACAUUUCAUCCCCAUGGCAGAAAGCCCUUCUUGCCCUACCUUAGUUAUGGCUCUGGUGGAAGGUUUGUGAGGGCGAUUGGGGACCACACUGAGAACCUUCUGAAAGUUAUCAGGAGGAGACCGUGUCAUCGGCAGCACUUGCUCUGAGGCACUCUCUGUAAUUAAGCUGUUGACUUCUCCCUUAGGAGAGUAGCCUCCUGCCUCACCAAGUCAGAAAUGGGAGUUCUGGCUCCACCCUCACCGGGGAGUUCAAAGGCUGGCUAUACUGGUUUUUCUGAUUAAGACUCCGGAACACAAGUGGACUGCAGAUUUAAAGGAGACUACAGAAUGUAAUGGAAAGAGCCCCAGUCUAGCAGUCAGAGGAGCAGUGACCUACCUUGGCUCCAUAGGCAAUGAGCAUUUAUUAAGCACUAACCAUGUGCCAGGCACUGUGCUAAGCCCUGGGCAUGUGAAUACAAGCAAACAGAAAGACCAUUCUCUGUUCUCAAGCAGCUUAAAUCCUAAGGGGGAAAGCCAACUAAUAAAAGGGGGAGGGUGAAGGGAAGGAAGGGAGAAUAAUGGCCACCUACAUAGGGAAAUGGGAGCAAAGUCUUAGC